UCCCUUUUUUAUUUUCUCCUUCUCUGGAAGCGAAGCGAUCUCUAUUCGCAAUUUAGAGCGCGCCCACUCCUCCCAUUACUACUCGAUCAUCUAUCUAAAGCAGCCGGUCUCGCCCCAUAUCGGGGCAAGCGACGAUGCCAAGGGAGAGAGGCAGAAAACGGUUUACGCGACCCAGGCUUUUGGCCAUGCAUUAAGCGUAAUCUCGUCCGCGACAUUUGGACAAUGGAGGACCCAUAUCGAGACCACGAUGGGGGACUAUGUAGUCUAUGGGGAAGAGAAAAGAAGAACGAAGAGAAAAGGAUGACAAAACUCCCAUAUUAG